AAUCCGAAAUGUCAAAAGUCUCUCAGAAACUAAGAUCUUCAAUCAUUUCAAUCUCUACAAGAGUUCAAUCCGAGAUGUCAGAAAUCUCCCAUAAACUUCAAACCUCAAACAUUUCAAUAUCUACAGAAGAUAUCCACACAUCUUGUAUGGAAUUUUCCAAAAUGGGGAAUGAAGUUAAAUUAAACGAUCUUAAAAGCGAAACUUCUGCUAAAAAUCUUUUGAGCCACUGCCACCAUCAUGAUGACAAGACUAGACAAUAUGCAGCAAAAAUGUUAACAAAGUUAAUUCAGAAAGAUAUUACUACGUUUUACUCAAGUACGCAUUUGCAAACAUUUGAAAAAGAAGUUCGACACCUGAUCGAAAACAGAUAUGUGGGAAAAUGUGAAAUGAGCAAUGAAUUUGAGAGAUUGUACAUCUGGAUAUUGGCAGCAAUCUACAUUAAAAUAUAUAAAUACAAUGAUUGUAGCCUAAAGGCUCACAUGAAAGCUUCGACAUUGAAAAAAUAUAAAACCACCCAAAAGCCUUUUGAAGAAUUUUGCCGAAAGAGUUAUUAUAAACUCAUUGUUUCAUUAUUGGCAAGAAUUAAAACUUGGCCGAACCGACUUGAUAAAAAUGAUUUACACAUACAAAUACUGGAGAACUGCCUGCCCACUGAUAAGAACCAAUUUGGUACCGGCACACAAAUGAAUAUGACAAUGAGCAUAAAAUGCUUCAAAGAUCUACCUUGGGAUAUAAAACAUAUAUUUGUGGUGCUUCUUACUGAAAAGAUCUUUGAGAAAAAAUAUACAGAGCCUGACACUGGUCUUUUUGUUGACAUUUGCAAUUCAGUUUGGAAAAAACACACAGAUAUUUUCCUUGAAGUGAUUGAAAGGGUAACUGAGUAUAUUGAAGAAAACUGCACUAAAGGUAUCCUGGGGACCUGUUUACAGCUUCUGAAUGUGUUUCUUGGUUACCUGAAAGUAGGGGGAAAAGAAGAUGAAAAACUGGUCCUCAUUCUUAGACAUUUCUUUAAAAAACUGGUUUACCAUCCUUUUAAUGAUGUUCGAAAAUUAAUUGCCCAGUUGAUUUUCAAUGAAGAAAUAAAUGGCAUUGACAUUUGCCAGCUGGGAAGUACAUGUAUCAAUGUCAGUAAUCAUCUUGUGGAGAAAUGCAUCCGUGAAAAAUUAUCAUCUGUGCACCCAGAUCUGGUAUUUAAAGACCAAGUUCAAACUAUAUCUAAUGCCCUUAUAUUUAAAGUUGAAACUUCAGGCAGGGAAGCUUUAAUACACGUGCUUAAGCAGGAAACUCUAAAUGAUGUUCUACAGACUAACUCUACAGAUGAGAAUUAUGAAUGCUUUAAAGAAACAUUGGCAGCAGUUGAAAAAUGCAAAGGACAUGAAAAUAUAGUGCAGUUACUGAACAUGUCAUCUAAUGGUAUUCUUCCCUAUUAUAUGGUUGAACAUGGAACGCCUCUCUUGCACUUUCUACAUGAGAAAGAAAGCCAACUGACAUGGUCAGACAUGAUUGAUAUACUCAUUGAUAUCACCGAGGCAGUCAAUCAUUGUCACAAUAACUCUGUCAUCCACCGUGACAUAACUCCUGCCAGCUUUGAAGCUUUUACCAGCACAAAUGGAUCUUUUCGAACAAAACUUGCUCAUUUCCUCUAUGCAAAAUGUACUGUUAGUCAAGAGGCUAUUGAUCCAGGGGCGGAAUAUAUAGACGUUUUUGAUUAUCCUUGUUUCCAAGGUGACCACAAGGAGUCAGUUGCAGCCUAUUUCAGUGCUCCCGAAACUUUGGCAUACAAUAUAUUUUCUAAGUGCACAGACAUAUGGAUGGUUGCUGCAACAUUUUAUUCAGUCCUUCUAUAUGGCAGACAACCAUUCGAAGAGUUAGCUCAUCUCACACUCUGUGAAUUUAUAAGAGAGAUUAAUUCAGGUCACAAAGCAGAAAUUCCAAAUUCGAUUUCAACUGAUUUGUGGAAUAUCGUACAAGCAAAUUUAGACUUUUCAGCUAGCAAGCGUAUGUUGAUUGAAACAUUGCUGCAUGAACUGAAGUCAUACAAGGCUCAUUUGGGAGCAAAAAAGGACAUCCAGUACACAGCAAAAUCUGUAUGUGAAUUUAUCAACCCUGAAGACAUCCAAAGGGGGUAUCUGGACAAAUACGGUUACUUUACAUUGGAAAAGAAAAAUGAAUCAAUGAAGAGAGUGUACAAAGAUAGCUGUAAACGGACUGAUCACCUUUGCCAGACUGUAUCUGUAAGAAUGAAUCAAAGAACCAGGAAGAAAAUAAAAGCACUAACCCAUCCAAACAUUUUACAAGUUGCGCAAAUUUUAAAGGGCCCUUACACAACAACACUGGUAUAUCAUCCUUUUGGAAAAUAUUCUGGGACAUUGAACAAACAGGGUGCUGAAAUUAAAAUGGACCAACUUUUGUCUUACUUUCAUCAGUUGACAUCUGCUUUGGAAGAACUGCAUACCCACAACAUAUUGCACUGUGAUUUGCGCUGCAGUCAUAUUUAUUUGAAUCUAGAUUAUCGUACAUUAAAGCUUGGCCAUUUUGGAAGAGCAAUAUCUCUGGAAGACAAAUGGACUAGUCCCUACAUUUUCAAAGUGAUGCCCUUGGAUGCAGAAAAAUGGUCUGCGCUAGAAGUGAGAGUCAAUGGGAUGUACUCGUUUGCGUCUGACGUUUAUAAUUUAGCGAUUGUCUUUUGGGAGACUAUGAAUUCUUGUUAUUCUACAGACUACGUUAAUCAGUUUGUCAAGCAGAAAAAACAUGGCACAAAGGAUGGCUAUUCAAUACUCUUUUCUGAUCCAAAGAACUAUUGCAUGAACAGACUGAUGGCCUGUAUGUAUGAAUGUUGGAGUGCCAAUCCAACAAAAAGACCUUCUCUUGGCUCUAUAAAGGAAACCAUUAAGCAGUUGCAGAGAUGUUAUGAAGAAUACGGGGAGUUGGCUGUGAAUGACACUUCAGGAUGCUCAAUUUCUCAAAGCAGUGUUUAUGAUUACCAAGGACCACAGGAAAAUGAAGAUUAUUUCAGUGUUAGAGAAACUAGUUGCAGACCUCUAGAAUUUUCAUUGACCAAUACUUGGGAACGGGUUGUUUAUGAACUUGUAUUCUCCAAAGGAAUUGUAAAAAACACAACCAAUCUUAUAGACAUUAAAGAAACACCUGAAUAUCAAGAUGUGGGAAUUAACCCAAACAGAACAAAAAAGAACACAAGCAUACUACUUUAAUUGGAUCAUUGGCGUUUUUAUGGAAAUGUGUUCAAAUUCUGUAAGUAUUCUAAAGUGUCAGAUGGAAAA